AUGAACUCCCUCAACCUCAUAUCCUCCCGAGUUAUCGGACAGUCAUCAUCACCUUCCCGUCCUCGGUCCAGGUCACAGGGAGACCAUCUGAAGCAAGAUGCCACAGACGACGAGUUUAGAGGGAGAUCAUAUAGCGCCGAGCUCACCGCGCAGCUUAAGAAGGCGCCUCUGUUUUCCGAGAAGCUAUCUACGGAACCAUCAGCCGAGGAGGAGGAUGAGAAACGACCUUUGCUAGCACAUGCGCCAGAGACUCCAUCAGGCUGGCCAACCUGGGUCAAGAGGCUGGCGGAAGCUAUCACUGCCGUUCUGGCCGCAAUCGGAGCUCCUGUCGUUUAUAUUGCGAAGUAUUUCAGGGAUCCGAACGGCACGUUCUCCAUUGUCCCACGAUGGGUACGUCCCGAAAGAGGGCCAACUGGUAGUACUGCACAUGCCGUUGGCCUGAGCGGCCCUUCGCAGGAAGACACAUGGGGUUCGGAAAAGCCUACACGGCCUACGAACCGCGUUCUGCAAGAGACAAAGCUGAGGCACUCGUACUCGAGCGACUCGCUGGAGACUACCACCUCCGAUUCAGAUGCUGAGCAACGCAAGGCUGAGCAAACUAAAUCGCGCCCGAAGGCCAAGCGCGAGAAGGUACCACGUGAGGACUCUGAAACCAGAAGAUCCUCCAUCAGGAUUAAGGAGCAGAAUGACCCUGCCUUCAAGAGGCGGAAGCAGAAGAAGGGCACCAGCCCUCUGGCUGAUUCCACUCCUCUAACUGUGGACAACAUUAAGUCGCCAAGGUCACCUUCCCCUUCACUAAAAAUGACAAGAUAUCCCCACGCUCCUCAACCACCACGACCCCUCAUCCCUCGAAGACAACCCUCAUAUGCCAAUGCCAUUCCCAGAGUCCCGACCCGUUAUGGACCUCCUUUACAGCAGAAGACGCUGAUUUUGGAUCUCGAUGAGACUUUGAUCCAUUCUUUAGCCAAAGGUGGUCGCAUGUCGUCAGGUCACAUGGUCGAGGUCAAGCUCAACGCUCCGGUAGCGCUUUCUGCGCCUCAGCCAGGACAGGCAGCACCGGUACUUGGGCCUCAGCACCCUAUCUUGUACUACGUGCAUAAGCGGCCUCACUGCGACGAGUUUCUCCGCAAGGUUGCAAAAUGGUAUAAGUUAGUCGUCUUCACGGCUUCGGUGCAAGAGUAUGCCGAUCCUGUCAUCGACUGGCUGGAGCAAGAGAGGAAGUAUUUUGCAGGCAGGUACUAUAGGCAGCAUUGCACGUUCCGCAACGGCGCGUACAUCAAAGAUCUUAGCAGCAUAGAGCCUGAUUUGAGCAAGGCCAUCAUUCUGGACAACAGUCCCGUCAGUUACAUUUUCCAUGAAGACAACGCAAUCCCGAUCGAAGGAUGGAUCAACGACCCUACGGAUAACGAUUUGCUUCACUUGAUACCCAUGUUAGAGGCCUUACAGUACGUCACUGAUGUACGGGCGCUGCUGGCGCUACGGAGAGGAGAGGCAGAGACAGCCUCGUAG